UUAUUAUAAGCGAAAGGAUAAUAAUUGAUUAACUAUGGAAUUUUGUUUUGGAGGACAAACCUUUUUAUAUUCUAAAAAUGUCUAAAUUGAAUGAAUUGGAAUGAAUUGAAUCGUGACAGAAAAUGAGUAACCUAACCUCAAAUUGUAAAUAUUGUCAGGAUUGACAGAAUCGUCAGCAAUCAUGUCAGCUCCAAUAACCACCGCAAUGGAAAGUAUGACAACUGCCAUGAAGACGAAUAUUAUUCCAAAUCAGGAAUAUCUUCUUCAAGGUUCAGUUCUAGACAGUGCUGUCGAGGUUCUACUACAUCGUCUUCGUGGCUUAUGCGACAAUGUCGACACCGGUCCCGAAACUUUUCACGAUCACGAAAUGUGCUUCAGUAUCAGACGAGGACCACCACCGGAACAACCUCUUCUUCUGCGAAUACGAAGAGCUCUAGACUAUCCGGAAAUGCCAUGGCAAUUGCGUUACAUUGGUCAAACGGAAAUUGGCGAUAAAUCACGUCCAACUUUGAUAAGAAGCAGUUUGGAUAUUGCCACAAGUAAUACGGUGGCUGAAUUUCUCUCGGAAUUGGGAUGUAAAUUGGAUUUUGAAUAUAUUGUACGUGGCUAUAUGUUUCGUAAGGGUCGAAUGAAGAUCACCGUCUCGAAGAUAUUCAAAAUGGGACAGGGAAAAAUGCCCGACAGUGUUGAACCAAUGUCGCAGAGUUAUCUCGUCGAACUCAGUGUUCUUGCACCUUCUGGACAGGACGCAAUUGCUGAGGAUAUGAGGUCAUUCGCGGAACAAUUAAAACCCUUGGUGCAACUCGAGAAAAUUGAUUACAAACGCCUAGUGCAUUAAGAUCAUUUUAUUUCUCAUAUAAAAUUAUUUAUAUGCAAAAAGAAACCGUAUUUUCUUACUACGAACUUUUUAUUUAUAACAAAUUAGGUUCGUAUUUUUAAAACUAUACUUUUUAUCAAUUUUUUUAUUACUUUUUUUAAUUAGUUUAAUAAAUUACUAAGUGUAUCAUUUCUUUUACGUAUUAAAAAUAAUAAAAUUUAUACAGAACUUCAA